AUGGAGCUGUGGGAAAAAGUUAUCUUAGAAUGGAUCAAUUGUCUAGAAGUGCAGGAUGAACCAGUGAAAAAUAUAAUAGAACUACAAGAUGGAAUAUUUUAUAUCAAUUUCCUGAAAUUAAUAAAAUGGAAGAAGCUUCAGGUUUUUGAUCAAGAGGACAUUAUGAAAUUUAUAGAAGAGGAAUAUCCUACUUUUAAAGUUAACAAAGAUGAUGAUACAGAACAUAUAUACCUUGCAUCCUUGCUAUUGUUACAUUUGUGUCGAGUACUUUUUGCAACACAUCAGUCUCUACAAUACAAUAUGUGUGAUAACUUGAAAAACGAAACACAAAUUAGAGUUAAAGCCUUUCUUGAAAGUGUUCUACCUAUUGGCAAAGAUAUUACCAAGGAAACUAUGAGAGAAGUUAUUAUGGAGGUAGUAGAUACAGCAAUGUCUAUGGAUAAUUGUAAAACACCGCGAACACCAUCCAGUAAGAACUUUUUAAAUUCGCCUCUAACAUGUUCUGGACGUAGCAAAAAAAUUUUGAUUGAACGAGUUCGAGAGUUGAAAGAUUUGAAGUGUAACUUGGCAAUGGAACGAUUUACUAAUGCGGAUUUACGGGAUGAUUUAUUAAGGCAAUGCAAUAAAAUAGACAAGUUGCAGAAGAAGCUUGACGAAAAAUCCGCGAAAAUAAAGGAGUUACAAGCAGAAUUGUUUAAGCCAAACACUCCUCAGUCAUCUUGUACACAAGAAGAUAGUUCACAAGAGAAUUAUUACAAGAGAUAUAUUAAUGAUUUAGAAAAUCAAUUGAAUAAACAGCAGGACGAAAUUAAUAAACUAGAGAUAGAGAAAGAUGCUAUAUCAAAGGAGUUAUGUUGCACACGUAGAACAUCUAAACAUUACAAGGAAAAUUUUAUAAACUGCGAACAGUCCUUGGAAUCUUUAACAAAAAAAAUUGAAUUAAAGGACAAAGAACUGAUAGAACUUAGAAUGUGCAACGAAGAAUUACGCGUUUAUAUGAAAGAAUUGAAUAAAAAUGCUAAUCCAGAACAAAGUUUUGAGGUUGAAGAUUUAUUAUGUCCUGCCACUAAGUCAUUGAACACUAGUGAAGUUUUAAGUACUGUAAUCGAAAUUCAACUCCUGGAAGCCAAAGAAGAAUCUGCUAUAUUGCAUGCUCAAAUUGAUUCUUUAAAAGGAAGAUAUGAUCUUCUUAUGAAGGAUUAUAGAGCUGCAAUAGAAUCCAAUAGAGAUUUGCAAGAAAAGAUAAAGACGCUAGAUAGGGUGCAAGCAGAAUUAAAUAAUGUGCAGAAGGAAUUGGAUGUAUCAAAUGUAGCGGUUACAAAUUUACAGAAAAAAUUAUCUGAAACAGAACAAUCGAAUAUUACACUGAGUACAGAAUUGGAAAACUUGAAACUAGAUAUGAAGAAUUUGAAUGAAUUAUUGGAAAGUGAAAAGAUCAAUUCCUCACAUUUAAGUACUACUCUAACACAAACAAAUUCACAAAUAACAGAACAUCUUGCAUACAUUCAUAAACUUACCGAUGAAAAAGAUUCAUAUAAAUCUUCCAUCGAAAAUUGUAGCAAAAAAUUAAGAGACAUCUUACAUUGUGAUAAUCAGCAAUUUAUAGAAGUUAAAACUGAUAAUUUAAAUAAUUCGACACUUAAUGAUCUUACAAAAUGUAUUGAAACAAUGUUGCAUAACUGCAAAGUAAUGUGCGUUUCGUAUGAAAGUGAUAUUGAGAAAUUGAAAACAACAAUAGAUGAAACAAAUACGAAUCUAUGUAAGCAACAAUUAACCAUUACAAGUUUAGAAGAACAAAAUAAACAGAAUCUUGUGGAAUUAACUAAUAUCGAGGAAGAGAAGAAGCAAAAGGAUUUAUUGAUAGAUGAACAAAAGCAAAUUAUUCUUACAUACUCACAAGAAAUCGAAGUUUUAAAAGAAAUUAAAGAUGAAAAAGAUUCAUAUAAAUCUUCCAUCGAAAAUUGUAGUAAAAAAUUAAGAGACAUCUUACAUUGUGAUAAUCAGCAAUUUAUAGAAGUUAAAACUGAUAAUUUAAAUAAUUCGACACUUAAUGAUCUUACAAAAUGUAUUGAAACAAUGUUGCAUAACUGCAAAGUAAUGUGCGUUUCGUAUGAAAGUGAUAUUGAGAAAUUGAAAACAACAAUAGAUGAAACAAAUACGAAUCUAUGUAAGCAACAAUUAACCAUUACAAGUUUAGAAGAACAAAAUAAACAGAAUCUUGUGGAAUUAACUAAUAUCGAGGAAGAGAAGAAGCAAAAGGAUUUAUUGGUAGAUGAACAAAAGCAAAUUAUUCUUACAUACUCACAAGAAAUCGAAGUUUUAAAAGAAAUUAAAGAUGAAAAAGAUUCAUAUAAAUCUUCCAUCGAAAAUUGUAGUAAAAAAUUAAGAGACAUCUUACAUUGUGAUAAUCAGCAAUUUAUAGAAGUUAAAACUGAUAAUUUAAAUAAUUCGACACUUAAUGAUCUUACAAAAUGUAUUGAAACAAUGUUGCAUAACUGCAAAGUAAUGUGCGUUUCGUAUGAAAGUGAUAUUGAGAAAUUGAAAACAACAAUAGAUGAAACAAAUAUGAAUCUAUGUAAGCAACAAUUAACCAUUACAAGUUUAGAAGAACAAAAUAAACAGAAUCUUGUGGAAUUAGCUAAUAUCGAGGAAGAGAAGAAGCAAAAGGAUUUAUUGGUAGAUGAACAAAAGCAAAUUAUUCUUACAUACUCACAAGAAAUCGAAGUUUUAAAAGAAAUUAAAGAUGAAAAACUCGUUUUGGAACAAAAUUUAUGUUUAUUACAUGAAUUAACAAAUAAUUUAACAAAUCGAGAGUCACUGCUGAGACAUGUUAUGUUAAAAGAUCUACAGAACGAAGAAUUAUCAAAAAUUCAAGCAAUAAAUACUACAUUACAACGAAACUUAUUAGAAAAUGAAGAAAAGGUGGAUACUUUAGAAAAGAAGGAAAGAAUUCUCAUCAAUGAAUUAAAUGAAUACAAACGCAAUGUACAAGAAUUAAGAGAUAUGAAUCAAACGUUGGAAGAACUAUACGCAGUUAUGAAAACUGAAACAAAUAAUAAAAUUGAUAGUCUUGAGUCAGAUAACGCUAAAAUAUUGCUCGAGUUGAAAGAUGCCACUGAUAAGCUAAAUUUAUUAUAUCAAGAAAAAAGUGAUAUAAUGACGCAGAUAGGAUUAAAAGAAGCACAAAUUAACAAGUUACUUUUGGAUAUUUUAGCUUUCAAAUCAGAGAAGAAUGAUUUAAUGAAUUCUCAUAAAGAAAUUCUUAACAUGAAAGAUAAAGAGCUAGGAAUGAAAGAAGAGGCCUUAUUGAUGUUACAAACUAAAAUGGAAAAAGUGACGAACGAAGCAAAUGUUAUGGAAAAGAAAAUGAAAGAGAUAAUUAUUAAUCUUCAAGAAAUAAGAUCCAGUCAGGAUGCUGUCUUGGCAACUCAAGAAGCAGCUCUCAAAGAAAAGUGUCUAUACGUAGAAGAACUUCAAGAACGUUUUGACAAUUCGAAGGAGAUCUUAAAUAAAGAACUUGAAGACACAAAAUUGUCAUUACGUGAGUGCCAAAUUAAAUUCUUUGACUUAGAAAAUGAAUUUAAUAACCAAAACAGAACAAUAGCAGAAUUACAAGUCACACUCAAAACAGUAAAUGUGGAGCUUGAAAAGAGUAAGGAGUAUUGUAAGCAUAUGGAUGCAAGUCAAGAGGAAAUUAUAAAAUUAUGCCAAGAAUUGGAACAUCCAACGAAAAAUUUAAAUUCGACGAUUACGAAAACGUGCUCAGACUUUGAUUUACAUGAUGUUAUUAAAAUAACUAUUAAUGAAUUAUACAAAUCUCAGAAAAUUAUCUCGCAUUUAUCAAAUGCAAAUAUAGAAUUGAAUGAAACUUUAUCAAAACAAGAAGUACUUAUAGAGAAUGGUGUAAAAGACAAAGAAGAAGUUUGUAGCCUCAAGAAUAAAAUACGAGAAUUGGAAAUAAUAGCACAGAAACGAAAUAAUUAUCUUAAGAGCCUCAUAAAAAAUAAGGAAUCUUUGCAGGAAUCUUUGCAGAAAGUUUUCGACACGCGCAACGAUUUAGAUACUAUUUUAACAUCAUCAAAACAAAAAUGGAAUGAAAUACUGGCAAAGUUUCAAAAUAUUUUUUAUAUUGAGUAUGCCGUUUGCGACGAGUUUAAACAGUUGCAAAUUAAGAAGACAAGUCUUGAAAAUGCAUUGUUAAAGUGUCAAAUUGAUUAUUCAGAGAAUAUCAAAUCUGUAUCUGAUAUUUUAUGGGAAAAGUUUCUGUGGACAGAACAAAAAUUACAUGAUACCUAUUUAUGUUCAAUACAUGAGAAGGAAUGUUUAGAUAUACUAACUAAUGUAGAAGAAGAUCAAUUUUCUAAUGAGAAAAUAGUAAUUAAUAUGGAGUUGGAAAAAUACAAAACGUUGCAAACUGAUGUAAUGAAAUCUGAAGAAGAGAUAAAAUCUUUCACUGCUUUAGUUACUUUUUACGAUAACAGUUUAAAAUCUGGUGAAAUCAAGAGUCAAGCAGAGAUAGAAAAGAAAUUACAAAAUCAAAUUAAUCAGUUGACAAAGGAAAGAAAAGAUCUAAAAACUAAAAUGGACACUAUGCGUUCGAGGAAUAUAAAAUUAGAGAAAAAUAUCGAUGAUCUUAGAAUGCAGAUAAAGGAGCUAAAACCGACAGAGUCAAUGCCGAUGGAGACAGCGUCGACGGAAGUUAACUUAACAACCUCUGAAGGAUCUGAAGUGCAAUUCCUGAAAGAAGAAUUAGGACGUAUGAAAGAACAGAAUCAACAACUACAUGAAGAAAAAGAAGAGUCAAGCAAGCUAGCAAAACAAAAAUUUGACAGUCAGUUAAAAGACAUACAUGCUAAAUAUGAACAAAAAUUGGAAGAUAUGAAACAACAAAUGAAAACAAUCUAUAAUGAGCAAAUAACGAAGUUGAGUAAGGAUCAAGAGAAGAUUAUGCAAGAAAAAUUGCAGAAUCAAAUGGAAAUGAUGUGUCAAAGGCAGAGAGAUGAACUUAACAAAUACAAAGCACACAUUGGCGAUUUAAGUUCACAACUAUGGAAUGUGGGAGAAAAACUUCUAAUCGAGCAACAACAAAAACAAGAUACGUUACAACGUUUAAAAGUACUAGAAACUAAACUUAGAGAGUUCCAAACGGACCAGCCAAUAGCCACAAUUUCACGUAAAACUUGCAAAAUGGAAAAACAGGAAUCGUUACCUAAUAAUGUACAACAAGCACAUAAAAUAACAACGCUUAUAACUGAAGAAACACUCGAAAAGAGGCACAGUAUUAGAAGCAUGCAAGCGAUGGGCAGUGUAUUUAAAACAGAGGAUGAAGAUGAGAUCUUUGACAAUGUUUAUCUAACUGAUUUGAAAAAAGGCAAUUUUAUGUCUAUCACAGAUGUCAACCGUUUAUCUGUUUUACAAAUGAGAAACUCUCUUUGCAAGCCUCAUCUAAAAUCUUCUUAUCCAACAGAAAUGCAAUUUCUUCCUUCAACUUUGACUGAAGAAGAGAUUAAAACGGGUUCUUCAGUAGAAGAAAACUUUAAUGAUAGUCUUAGCCAAAGUCUUCUCCCAGAACAGAAAGUCAGGAAAAAAGAUAGAUCUCAGAUAUCAUAUAAAAAACCCGGUCCUCCAACACCAAGUAAAAAUGGAGGAAGAUUAUCACUGCAGAGCAAUGAAUUAAGAAGUCCAAGUUCACGUAUAUUGAAGGAGCGAAAUGUAGAUAGAAGGACCACGACUACUCCUCAUUCGCUGAAAAACAUAUUCUCGCUAAAACGGCAAGAUGAAAAUGCAACUAGCACGCCAAAACGCAGACUCAGUAGUCUUUUUCGCAAAUCUCGUUUACAAUCGGAUCGCUGAAUAAAUAUUGUAACCAUGAUGCAUGAAAAAUGUAUGUUAGCAUGACA